AGAUGACAGCUCUAUAUAUACGCUCAUCCGGGGUAUAACACGCUACCCUAAUUUUAACAGUCCGUCCUCUGGAAUUUCGUCCCUGGGUCCGGCCUUUCUGAGUCCUCCUUCUUUUCUACUCGCAGGGGAAGUCGGAAAAAGCCUCCAUCAUGGGUGAAGAGAAACAGAAGCUGCUCACGCGUGAGCGGAAGCAGCAAAUCCUGACUAAGAUGAUGAAGAAGGCUGUAGCCGAGGCUCGUGUGGAGCUCGAGGCUAAAGCCGAGGCGAAGAGGCAAUACCUUGCGGACAAGGUCCCACCCAUCAGCACGUCCGGCCUGGGUCAUGACGAGUUGGAGGAGCUGUGCCGCAGGCUGCAUGCUCAGAUCACAAAGGCCGAGGAGGAGAAGUACGACGUGGAGCAGAAGGUCGAAAUCAACGACAAGGAGCUCGCUGACCUGACCCAGAGGAUGUAUUCUCUUACUGGCAAAUUCAAGAAGCCCCAGCUGAAGCGGGUGCGCUUGUCUGCUGACAAGAUGCUGAAGGCUUUGUUGGGCUCCAAGCACAAGUGCUCCAUGGACUUCCGUGGAAACCUGAAGGCUGUGAAGAAGGAGCCCAAGCCCAUUGCCAAGGCGGAGGACUGGCGUGAGAACAUCGAGAAGGCGGGAGAGAGGAAGUCCAAGUUUGAGGGCGAAGGGGAAGCACCAGCAGAAUAAGGUGACCACUUGUACGUCUGAAGUAAGACGAGAGAGACAGCAGCGCUCGUGUAGUACCUCCACACAAGCAGUAUACGGCACGGAAGAUUCAGUACUAGACAUGUAUUACUGUAACAGACAAUGUAGUUUCAAUGACGACGAAAUGGCGCCGCUUCACACAAUGUCAGAUGUAUUAAAAAGAUAAAAACGCGAAAAGGAUAAAAACAAAAUGUAUAAACGGACUCCUGUAAGUACUUGUGCAGUAGAAGUAGUAGUGUUCAAUGUUGUAGCCUGCCUCUUGUCGUAUGUUUGUAUUUGUCCGGUUAUAGUUCAGUAAGGUCAAGUGAUCGAAAUAAAAACAAAAUGGCGCCCGACCUUGAUUUCCGCGUAAUAGUGGUCACUUACCAGGAAAUCAAGCGAAGGAAAAUAGAACCAGCAAUAUAAAGGAACGACAUUCAAUCAAAAUAAGGAAAUAUGAUUUAAACGUACCAACAAUCUUUACAGUAAAGUUUCCUCGUGUGCAUGGAAUGUGUGCAACAGUUUGAAGCGUUUUUCUCCAGCAACUUUGGCGUUUUUACGCUAUUAUUGUAGAAGCAAAAUUUCAGCAUGCGUGUUUUUAAAAGUAGAUUAGUCAAUAUAAAAAAUACACACAAAAAGAAAGAAAAUGAGGGUACGAGUUUUGGCAUCUGUUGCUGCAAAGGACUCACAGCAACACAUCGAAAAAGAAGGCAAAGAGCAAGUGCGUUUUGCAAAGGAUGAUGGUUGGCGAGACGGCCUUCUGUGAUUACGAGUGGUGGUUGUAAAGAAAACAAGAAAGUAGGGAAAUUUCCCCUGAAGUCUAAUUAAGAGUCUGCCUCUGGCCAAAAUGGUCGUGUUUAAAAUGACUUGAUGAUUAUCUUUCCUUCGCUUGACAAUAUGUUUGUUCUUCGGUAUUAGCAGAAGGUCAAUAAUGACUUUCCUUGAACCCGAGGAGAAGUGGCUGAAGUCGUGUGGAUGAUGUGAAGAUCAUGACAAAUCACUCCCAAAACUUAGAUUAGUUUGGAUGGUUUUCGGAGUGACUGUAAUAAAGUGUUACUUUUCUGGAAA